GUGUAUUUGGUAGCUUGCAUCCGGCACUCUUUCCGGGUUCACUUGGAUUCGAUCAAACGCGCGCCAAACCCAAGAUGAAAUUUCACACGAACCCUGCGCUCUCCUUCUCCGUUCGCAGGACUUAAAUUUACAACAGGAUGAUUAGAAUUUUUUAGCCGCCUGGUUGCGUGUUGCAUCGAACACCGUUUCACUUUACACAAGACAAAAACAAGGCUUAAAAGAUUUUAGUUCUUUCUGUCGGACAAUAGCGGAUCUUUCGCGUGCUUUUCCUAGUCGGGUAUAUUUCUGGGGAGUCUGUGAGGCGAAAAAGACAAAAGCUCUUCCACUAAUUGACGUUCGAGGUUUCGAUCAUUCCAUAAGAGAGCCAUAGCUUUCACUCAAUUACGAACAUUAUAAGUUGAUCAAUAUUGUUCGAUUUCGGGACAUCUGCUAAGGCUGGCUGGGAUUGGCCGAACUCGAGAGAAACCCUUCUAGUGCUGAAGACUGGAGCCAAUCACCUUCGAGCUGGUCACAGCCAAUUUGUUCGCAGUAACGUGUUGCCCACUUCCCACCCAAAAUACGCGCAACCAGUUGGGUACACGAUUUCUCCUGCACCUUCCGUGUGAAUUGUGCCAUGUCCGCGGUGGAGAAGUCAACAUUUAGGCGGAACUUUCAGCGUUGGGUGCAGCUAAACUAUGGCGAAAACAGUCGCACCAAAACUAUCACAAGAGCAAAAUAUAACAAAAUAUGUCGCUACCUGUUAGGGGAGCCUCACAUUGAGACAGAUGCUAAAUUUCGCUUUUGGGUGAAGUCCAAGGGGUUUCGCAUCGUCCGUUCGGAUGAGGUGUCUGUAUUCGGCACUCUGUAUGUCCCAGUCAAAGUUCCUCACACGAGGAGCGUGGAUACACUCUAUCCGUACGAGACGGACAGCUUGGCUGGCAUGAGAGCACAAGUCUUGGAAUAUAGACGGGUGGCCGUGGCGGAUGAUUUCUUCGACAUCAUCAGUUCUGUACACAUAAACGAUCGUGGGAUUCACGUGGGGCAAAAGAAAACUUACCGCGCGGUCGCCAACACGUACGCGUUUCUCCCGCGCGAGGCCGUCUCGUACUACUUGAUGAGCUGCAGUACUUGCAAACUGAGAAUCCAGCGGUGCAACUCCAUACUACUCAAACACGGACGACCGCUGACUCCCACCUCAGACUUGGAAUCUUCUGAUGCCGAGGCAUCAAUAUCAAGCCAUGAUUCUGAUGAUGAGGGUUAUGACAUGCACAAGUUCAAGAGGGAACCCCAAGAUAUGAUGUAUGGCGAUGAGAAUGGGGCAAGGAACGGGAUAAGCCCUCCUCACAGGGUGGGGCACAUGGACGCACCCAUCAACAGCAAUGGCCAGUUAAAAGAAGAACACAAGCAAGAAGUUAUCAAUUAUGCAAGAGAAACCACAGUACGAGAAGCAGCUAGGAAGUACAAUGUACCUAGAUCCACGGUACAAGUUUGGUGUAAGCAUGGUGUGCACAAUAAAAAGGAGAAAAGAUCCCCAAUUGGGGGAGGCCGGCGACUCAGUUACUCAAGUGAGACAGAUGAUAAGCUCAUUCAGUGGGUGCUGAAAGAACAAGAGAAAGGAACACUUGUAACAAGGGAUGCUAUUCAAAUGCAGGCACGAAAUUUGGUGCGGGAUGAAUGUCCAGACUUUAAGGCAUCUAGUGGAUGGGUAGAAAAAUUCCUGAGCCGGCACAAUCUGUCCAUCACCACCACAAUGUCUUCGACAAACCCAAAUGUACCAAUCUCCUAUGUUGUUGCAUCACCCGCAUUAACAGCCAGUCCUGGUGGAAUAAGUCACAGUGCUUACAGCCCCCGAGGUGAUGGUAGGAGCUUUACCAGUGAAGACACUCGUAGUGAUAGUGGGCGGAGUGAGGAUGAAGAUGACAUGAUGGAAGACGGGUCGCACAUAGAUGGCAUGUCAACCCGUACAAUACACACUAUCAUCAGGGAGCCACCAAAUCUAAAUGAAAUCCUGAAGCCAUCCAAUGCCAUGUCUGCCUGUCCGCUAAAAGAUGAGGAUGACGAUGAUGGAGAUGGUGACGAUGGGGUUUGUGAUGGUGAAAAAGUGGAUGCUGGCUCUGUUAACCCUGAACGACUGAAAGCUUUUAAUAUGUUUGUUCGGCUCUUUGUGGAUGAGAAUCUAGACAGACUAGUUCCCAUUUCCAAACAACCCAAAGACAAAAUCAUGGCAAUUAUUCAAUCCUGUCAGCGACAGUUCCCAGAGUUCCGUGACAGAGCGAGGAAGAGAAUUCGUACAUACCUCAAGUCAUGUAGAAGGCUGAAAAAGCUGAAAGAACCUCUCAAGCGCACUGCGGAUCAAAUGAGUACAAACCCCAAUAUGUCAGCUGCUCAGAUGGCAGAAGUCAAUAACAUCCUCGCAUCUGCUUGUGCCAGUGAGGUUGAGAAUGCUAAGCGGCCGAGAAUGGAUCCCCCUGAGAUUUUGGCUGGGCCACCUCCCUUAGCCUCAGCAGCUACUGCGACAUGUAUGUCGGUGCCCUCACCCGGAGGUGGAGGGCUUCUAACAGCAUCUACCAUACCAAGAGGGGCCGACAAAGCUGCAGCAUCAAUGAUGAAGCGCAGUGCGUCACAGUGCCAACUGAGUCCCAGUGAGAUCCAGGCCAUCCGACAUUUAAUACAAGGGUACAGAGAGUCAGCAGCCUUUCUAUACCGCUCUGCUGACGAACUAGAGCAACUGCUUCCCCCAAUCUAGGGGUUUGGUCUUCGAGAGCAAAAUAAUUGACAUUACUGAUAUUGAUCAGUAACAGUGGCACAUUUGUCAGUGUUUAGACUGUGUCACAAAAGAGGCAGCGCUUGGUUUAAUUCAGCCUGGCAGCUGCUUGUAGGCAAUUACUCUUAUUUUUCACACUAUGUAAUUGCAACUGCCAUCUUGUUUUGCGUGAUGAGCAUGAGCUGUUGAUGAGCAAGAUGGAGGUUCUGACAGAUCAAAGGCCUUCAAGCAUUCUAAGAUAAAUGUGCUGAAAAUUUUCAAAUUAUUUCAUCCUUCCCACGUGAUAUGUCAUUUUGGAUAGUUAUGUAAAAAAAACUCUCAAAGUGUGAAUUUUGUUGCCAUAGAAAUGGACACAUGGUUUAGGUGGUUCAUGGGAUGUUCAACCUGUGCAAUGACUCCAUAAGAUAUGGUACUAAGAUGUGAUGUGCUCAAAUUUAAGUGGUUUCGUGCAUUAUUUAUAAUAAAAUAGAUAUUGACAAAGGGACAAAUGGUUAUGAUAAAAUAGAUACCACAAAAAUGCUAAGAUGCCCACAUUUAUCAAUUUCCAUUUAUAAUCUUCCAAAACCUUUUGCAUUUAAUGGUGACUGUUUUUUUAGAAAUGAUUUCCAAGUUUCAGUUUUUUUGUUAUAGGCAUCCUUUUUUUUCUUUUUUUUCCUCUUUAACCUUUGGUGAUUUGUGUCAAAUAUGAUGGUCUAUCUUGUCUUUAAAUUGUGAAUAUCUUAGAUGUUUCAGUAGUUUGGAUGCACAAUCAACCAUUUUAGAAGCUGCAACUUAUACAAUGGAGAUUAUAUUUUAAAGUUAUUUUGAAGUAUAUAUUGUUGUUUAGAAGUUUUAAAGAAAUUGAAGUACUUUAAGUUAUUGUAUUUUACAUUAUUCACUUUGCGGUGUUUUUGAUGGCGAGACGUUUCUUUCAGUGGUCAUUUUUGUUGCAAACUUAAGAAACAUAUUUCCUUGAGCUAUCAAGCUGGUGUACACUUUACUCAGAUAAUUGGAAUGUUAACACUGUUUUGUCCCUUGAACUUUCUGACGACCUUAAUUUGGUUUUCAUAUUGUGUAAGUGCAUUAGCUGAAAACUAUUGAAAUCUUGUUUCCAUUAACUAGUCGUGCAUAGUUUCGGUUGAAUUACAGGUUUUUGUAUUGCAAUCUAAAUGCUUGUCCACAAUUAUUUUGAUCUAGUGUUUCUUUGUGUUUUUGACAUUGAAGCACUAACCAAAUGUCGGCAUUUGCAUAUUCAUUGCAUAUUAACCUUGCUUAAUUUACAGAGGUAUAAAAGUAUAUGAUGCUGAUGUGGAGUUCUGGAUAAUAUCUUCUUUAAUAUGAUGAUCAUUAAUUUAAAUAUUGGUAAGUUGUAAUUAGAUUACAAAGUAUGUUUUUUCAUUAGUUAAAACAAAGCUCAGAGGCCUGGCUCUUCGUUGGGGUGUGAUUUCUUUCUGCCUGAGAAAGGAAGCACUGUUCCCUUGAGCAUGUAGUUAGAACUAGAUGUCAAAAGGUAAAGUUUAUUAGCAUUAUCAUUUCUUGGCUGUGCUACACUCAUCAUGCAUUUCUCAAAAUUCAUAUUAUUAUUCCGUACUUCAUGUUUAGUAAGUUAAAGCUCUGUGAAGUUUUACUAGUCUGUGCCCAUCAAGGCCUUAAAGUGUUCUAAUAAACUUGUAGAAAUAUA